AUGAAGAAAUUGUGGGCUAAGAUUCGACAGUCUCGAGAGGAAGAUUAUGAAGAGAUGUGUACGACUAAUGCCAUUGUGAUCGCAGCAGUCGCUGAAGCUGAAUCUGGUAAUCAAACACGACGACGGGGUUCUCGACCGGGUCGUGCACCAAACGAGGAACGAUUUAGGGAAGCAAGAGGCAAAAACAUGAUGGAAGAUUACUUUGUUGAACGUCCAGUUUUCAAUGAUGAGGAAUUCCGAACACGCUACAGGAUGAGUCACAAUGUUUUCAACCGCAUCUCUGAUGACCUUUGUUGCUAUGAUCGAUACUUUGUCCAGAAAUCAGAUGCUGCCAAGAAAGUCAGACUACUUCCGGAGCAGAAGCUGACAUGUUCCUUACGAAUGCUUGCUUACGGUGUUGGCGUAGAUCAAUGCGCUGAGUAUUUUCGGAUGGCGAAAUCUACCUCUAUCGAGGCUCUUGAACGAUUUACAAGAGGAAUCGUUAAGCUGUACUCAACAGAAUACAUUCGCGCUCCUACUCAGGCUGACCUCAGAAGACUGCUCGCCAAAGCUGAGAAAAGAGGUUUUCCUGGGAUGAUUGGAAGCAUCGACUGCAUGCAUUGGCAAUGGAAGAAUUGCCCAACCGGUUGGGCUGGAGAAUACAGCAGUCGAAAAAGUAUCCCCACUAUCAUCCCCGAAGCAGUCGCAUCGUACGACACAUGGAUAUGGCACACCUUCUUUGGAAUACUUGGGCCAUGCAACGACCUCAAUGUCUCGGCAAAGUCCCCGUUGUUUGACGAGCUUACUGCUGGUCGAGCACCUCAGAUCCAAUUUCAAGUGAAUAACAGAAUUCACAAUUUAGGUUAUUAUCUCGCUGACGGUAUCUAUUCUAGAUGGGCGACUUUCGUGAAAUCAAUUCCAAAGCCUACCGGAUCCAAGGAUCUGAAGUUUUCCCAAGCUCAAGAGGGAUACAGGAAGACUGUGGAAAGAUGUUUUGGUAUUUUACAGUCGCGCUUUAGUAUUGUUAGAGGAGCUGCUCUUGGGUGGGAUAUAGAAGACCUUCGAUACAUCAUGUUGACUUGUGCUCGACCAGCAGUAAGCUCGUCAAACAACGGGGACUUUGCCAAGACAUUGAGGUCGUUGCAUGCUCCAAGCAUUCCAAAGAAGGCGUGUCAUAUCCAUGUGUCGUACGAUGCGACUGCUUCGGGGAUGAUAGUGGGGAUACGUUUUCGACUGCUGUAUUCUCCAGCCCAUCCGGUUGGGAAAUUCUUCCAUUGCUAG